AUUUGUCUGUACAUACACUACACUACACAUCCACCUGCACCAACUGCAACGCAGACGACAGAAAAACAGACAUAUGAGGGGCGUGCAGCGGCCUCUUUUGCAUCGUCCUGGCUGCCCUCACCGUGUGGUGUCAUCUGUUUGUCUGUCCUCUACGGCGCCUCUCCGUCGAGGAAGACCGGUGCGACAGGGCCCAACGACCGCCGAGCCAGGGCUGCCGUGUGUCGAUGCCUGGCGGGGAAUGGAUCGCCCGGGCUGCGCACUGGCUGCUCAGUCGUCACCAGGAAGACAUCCACUGCCAUAUGAGAAACGGGACAGACGAUGAGACUGUCCGCCUGUCUGUCUGUCUGCCUGUCUGCCUGCCUGCACUCGUGUCUCUCACUCACCUUUCUGACGGUCCUAAGGUCUGACUCCGAAUUGGACCCACGCUGUGAAGGGGUCGUCGAAUGCCGUCAGCAUAUGAUCCUGAUGUACAUGUCCAUCGUCAUCCUCGAACGCCACGACAGCUGAGCAUCCGUCCAGUGGUGUGUGGGGCGACUGCGUCAGCACGCCGUCCAAAUAGCCGCCCCUCACGCUACUACACAGAUGCACACACAGACAGACAGCGAUCCACUCUAGGUCUCAUGUAUGCCCCGGGAAUACCUACCGAUCGAUGUCCAUGUGCAUGAUGUGGAUCGGUAGGACACCGAUCUUAUGGUGAUGGAGGAGGAUCAUGGCCACGAUGAAGGCGCUCAUCGACGCUGCGAUGUCGCCAAUCACGCCUGCCGCGCCUGCCGUCCAGCCGUCCUCGGCUUCUUCGUCGAAGUAGAUGGCCGACUGGACGGGCGGGUCAUCUGGGUUCAUGUGCUGCUGGAAGGGGUGCUGCUGCAGGGGGUGCACGGCAGUGGUGGGCAGGGGCGGGUUGAGGGUGAUGGCGAACUCAGGCUCGUCGCGGAAUGCGCGGAUCUCGUUGGUGGCGGGGUCGCGGAAGAGCUCGAAGGUGCCGUCCUGCUGGCCAUUGGCACAACGGAAGGCCACAUGCCGACUGACGACCAUCCACUGGGCUGUCACACGGGGCAUCGACAAAUAGGCCUGACACACAGGAACACACGACGAUGGAUGCACCGCACCUUAUUCUCCCCCUGCUGUGUGAGGUGAGAUGCUCCCUUACCGUCUUGGUGUCGUGCUUCUGCAGGUCGACAGCGUUGAUGGUGAUGGGCAGUUGGCAGUAGCUGCACUGACCCGCCAGCCUCAGUCCAUUGCCCACCUCUCCCCACUUGCCGCCCUCUUCCAUCAGCCACAGCGCCUUCAUCACGCCGCCGCCGCCCAGCUGAGGCGCAAACCGCACCACGCCCGUCAGACCCGCCUUGUCCACGGCGACGGUCAGUCGGCGACGAAGGGCCAUCUUGAGGUCAUCGUUGACGAGUCGUGCCGUCAUCUUGAGGCGGCCGACAGACUGCAGGUCGAGGGGAUUCUGCAGGCUGCCCACGGCGUCGGCCGAGAGGUCAUCUAACUUGGCCUGACCAUAACAGACAGAACAGCGCAUCCGCUCGGAAUUGUAUCGGUUGGUAUGCUCACUGACCGAUGCAUCAGUGCGUGGCUGAGGGAAGGUGGCCGCCUUGACGAGGGCCUUGAGCGAGGCCCUCAACUUGGCGUACUGAUGCAACGCAGCUAUCAUGUGGAGCGAGCAAUCCUGCAGCCAUGCAUUAAUGACACACACAUCCAUACAAACAGACAGACAGACGUCGUUAACGCCACCAGUGGCGUGCGAAUUCUCUUCUCAUUCUCCCAAUGUCAGGGCAGUAAGUGCUCUCCUCUGGAGGACAUACGUGCGAUGAGAGAUCUACUGCGUCCAGUGCGGACAAGCGGUACAUCAGGCAGCUGAUCUGCAAGGAGCGCACACACACUGAGGAAGGCAUGGUUUGUCAAUGCGUCAGUCCCAUGGCUGCCUACCUCCGAGUGUUCCUGCUCCAGACCAGACAUGCUGAUGGCCGUCUGCGGCAAAUCCAUGGGUAGUUGCUGC